AUGCGUGUCUCCUCUUCCUUCGUCGCCCUCGCGCUCGGCGCCGGCUCGCCCAUCCUCUCCUCGGGCUUCUUUGCCGCCGCGGCGCCGCUCAGCGCCACCGCCGACGCCAGCCCGGCCGCCAGCCCGAACCCGGCCGGCAGUAGCGAGGGCUUUGCCGCGCCCGAGGCCAUCUCGCAGCGCGGCCUGCUGGGUCUCGGCCUGAACAACGACGCCUCGGCGCCGCUGCUCACCGGCGAGCUCGGCCAGAACACGAGCAAGGGCGACGUCAUCGACGCCGACCUCAACCUCUGCGGCCUGCUCGGCAUCGGCUGCGACAAGUCGGCCACCGCCGGCGGCAAGGUGAACAGCAACGCCAUUCCCAAGAAGACCAAGUCGACGUCGAAGCCCAAGAAGGUCGUCCAGCAGUCGCUGCCCAAGCAGUUCAAGCCGCGCCCCAACAACAUCGGCAGCGGCAAGAAGUCGUCGUCGACCAAGAAGGUCGGCGCGCACAAGGUGCAGAUCAACGACAAGCACGACUCGCACGGCGGCUCGGCCACCGGCGGCAACGGCGGCCACGCCGAGGGCGGCGCCGCCGACUGCUCGACGAGCGGCAGCCUCAUCGGCGUCAAUGCGCUCAACUUCAACUCCUGCAACGGCGGCGCCGGCGGCGAGGCCAACGGCGGCAUUGCCACGGGCGGCCGCGGCGGCGACUCGCUCAACAGCCUGCUUUCGCGCGACGGUGCCGCGCACGUGGAUGCCAACUCGGCCACGGCGCAGCUGAGCCAGCGCGACGGUGCCGCCCACAUCGACGCCCAGUCUGCCACGGCGCAAUUCCAGCAGCGCGGUGUCGCUGCGGCGGCCAAGCCCGAGGGCAUCGUCGCCAGCGCCGACGACGUCGAGACCAACGUGCGCCGCGGCGUCGCCCACAUUGCCGUCGUGCCGGCGUCGCAGGCCAAGCUGCUGCCCGCGCGCCGCGACAUCAACGCCGCCACGACGCCCGAGGGGAUCCAGACCUUUGCCGCCACGCACGAGCCGGCGGCACCGGCGGCGCCCGCUGCGCCCGAGGCGCCCGAGGCGCCCGCUGCUCCGGCCGCUCCCGGCCAGGCCAUGCCCAAGCGCGACCUCGACGCCACGGCGUCGCAGCAGCAGGUGCAGGCAGCCCUCUCGCACGCCGAGCGUGGCCUGCCCGAGGCGACGAUCCCCACGGACUUCAACGCCAAGGCCGCCGAGCUCGCUGCUGGUGCUCCUGCCGCCGCCAAGGUGCCCUCCGCCAAGGCCCCUGCUGCUCCCAAGGCGCCGGCUGCUGCGAAGCUCCCGGCUGCGGCCAAGGCGCCCGCUGCGGCCAAGGUGCCCGUCGACGCCCCUGCUGCCGCCAAGGCACCCGCGGCGCCGGCCGUGCCCGCCUCGACGACGCCCUUUGGCAGCAUGCUGCGCCGUGCCCUCACGGCGGCCACGAGCCCGAGCAGUGUGCAGGCGCAGGCCAGCAAGUUCAACCCGCGCGGCACGACCGACUACGCCGUGCCUGCCGAUGAGGCCGUGUCGCACUCGGUGCUGGUCCAGCGCGACGUCGACGCCACGGCGGCGCCCGAGAGUGUCGACGCCGUGCUGAGCCGCCGCGCCAAGGGCGGCAACGCAAAGUCGGGCAACGGCGGCUCGGCCAACGGCGGCAAGUCCGACUCGAGCAUCACCGACUCGCUCAUCGCCGUCAACGCGCUCAACUUUGGCAGCAACAACGGCGGCGCAGGCGGCCUCGCCAACUCGGGCAAGGCGGCCGGCGGCCGUGCGGGCAAGUUUGUUAACAAGGCCGAGACGCACCACGCCAAGCUCUCGACGGCCAAGAAGCUCACGGGCCGCGACAGCGACGCCUCGGCCGACCCGAGCGAGUUCCAGGACGAGGACGGCGAGGACCUCGACGAGCGCGACGUGCUCGUCGAGUAUGUGCCGGCCUCGCUGCCCACGGAGCGCGACGUGCUCGUUGAGUACGUGCCCGCGUCGAUUCCGACUGAGCGCGACGUGCUCGUCGAGUACGUCCCCGCCGGCCUGCCCACGCGCGACCUCAACAUCGAGUACGUGCCGGCCUCGAUCCCCACCGAGCGCGAUGUCGACGUCGUCUACGGCGCCGCCGCUCCGGAGGCUCCCGCCGCGCCAGCCGCGCCGGCGACGUCGGACGUGCACCAGCGCGCCACCAACGUGGCCUACGACGCGCAGCAGCAGCAGCUCCAGGCCGUCAACAGCGCCACGGACUCGGCGGCCGAGGUGCAGCGCCGCAGCAGCAACAGCGCGCAGAUUCACGCCGGCAAGGCCGACCACGGCCGCGUCACCGUCGCCAACGCCGGCAACGGCGGCGAUGCGACGUCGGGCAACGGCGGCCAGGCGAACGGCCACUCGAACAGCCACUCGAACAACCACGGCUCGGCGCACGCCGACAGCAGCCGUGCCAGCGGCAGCUCGUCGCAGCAGCGCGCCAAGAGCUUCGCCACCAAGGCCUCGAGCGCCAAGCCGCUCACGGCCGCCGUGGCGAGCGAGCACAACCUCGUCGAGAUCGACCUCGAGAUGCUCUCGCAGCUGCUCACGACGGACCAGUGGGACUUUCUCUCGUCGUCGCGCAAGACGUACCACAAGGCGCAGAGCCACGCCGUCAAGUUCAACAAGCUCGCCGGCGGCAACAACAAGAGCAGCCUCGGCAGCGGCCUCGGCCGCGGCAACUCGGGCGGCGGCAACGGCGGCUCGGCCAACUCGGGCAACGCCACGGGCGGCCGCGGCGGCGACGCCAUUGUGAAUGAGCACUGA